AUGAGCGUGUUCAAGUACGAUGCGGCUCAUCCGGCCAUCCUCAUCAACAUUGCCGAGCAACCCAACUCUCCACUCUUCAUACAACUCCCAGCUUCACCCGUGACUGGUAAUCAGUCUCCUCAUAUACCUAGAUUUCUCCAAGGGAGGCCACUUGCCAGCAUCAACUAUCGCUGGAACUCUUUCGACGACGAGUCGAACGAGACUGUUCCAAUUGACGAUGUCUGGCCAACGUCAAUCCACGAUACCUUCUUCGCCUAUCAAUGGAUAGUUGAAAAUCUUGCUCCCGAAGGUCUCAAGAGGCGUGGUAUCUACGUCUAUGGCUCUCACUUAGGUGCAAGUCUCGCCUCAUCUCUGGCCCUUACAGAAUCACGACCGCACAAACCAUUUGCAGUCCGGGGUUUGGUGGCAUAUAACGGAAUCUACAAUUGGACCAUGUUUUUCCCGGACCACCCAGCAAAUCGACUCGGAAAGCAUGCAAAUAACAGAAGUAACUACUUCAGACCUCGAGAGGGCACAUACGUUCACUACCUUCAGCAGAACCUACCGAUAUUCUUCCAGUCAACAGUCGACCUGUUCGAUGUCUUUGCCAGCCCAAGCCUCUUCUUCCACAAUCCAGGAAUAAAAGUUCCCUCGUCUUACCACAUGUCGGAAGAAGAGUCCACAGCCAUCGAAGUCCUGACCAACCCGAAUGCUGAGUUCAACAUGAAAACAAAGACACCACGCAUGUCAAGACUGGUGUUUCCACCCCGCAAAUCGACGCUCAAGAUCCCCGAGACACUUCUGCUGUACGACACGUAUCCUGUGCCGGCAGCGACGAACAGACCAGGGCGGCCAUUUAGUGGAAAACAGUGGGGAAACAGCCUGGAGCUGCAGGCGCGUGAACUGGGUGAGAUGAUGCAACGAAGUAUCGAGAUGGUUGAGCUGAAAGAGAGAGGAUUCUGGGAUGAGGAUGUUUCUAUAUGGGAGAAUGAGCCACGUCGACGGGUAAAGAUGGAACAUGCUGGGGAAGAGUCGGAGAAUAUGGAGAUGGAUGAAAAGGGAGAGGAGAUUGUAGAAGAGUGGUUAACAGAGAGAUUAUCACCAUAG